AUGGUUGCGCCACUGCAAAAAUGGCGGCUGAUAAGAAAGGUUCUUAAGAGACUUUAAAAGCCCUGUAAUCUGCUAUAAAACACGUGCUCCCGUGUCUCUUUAUCACUUCUUUUUUUUCGUAUGUUUCCCAGACUUUCUUAGGUUCAAAAAUGAACAUCUGUACAUUAAUCUUGGACCUCUCUUCCCGUUAUUAUGGCGCCAUUCCCCGUUUUGCAAACUUUUCUUUUCUUCUUUUUUUGUGGUCGGAACAAUGCUGUUCAAAGAGCGAUCAAAAAUGAUGUGAUAGGACAAAACCUUGGAUUUUUCUAGAUACUGAAAAGUUCAAAAUUGUUGAAUCUUUUAGGAACAAACCUAAAUUAAAGCUAUUGAGAUUAUUGAGUUCAGAAUAAAAUUUCAAAAAGUUUGUUUUAAAAACGAAUAGGCUCAUUUCAUUUUUCAGAAAUUCUACAUGGUGGAUUGGACGCUGGUCAGGAAUGUCGUCGCUUUUUUUGGUAAGAUUUCGUCUCAAAAAUUAGGAAAUCUAAGAAUCUAUAUGACUUUCGAUUAUGUGAAAUCAAAAAAAUUGUAAAUUUGGAAAAUGAAAAAAAUUUGAUAAGGCAGGUUCUAGUGAGUAAGUUUCUUGUCAAUUUUAAUCUCCAGUAUUAAUUUUUCCAAUUUUUUUACUCAUAUUGAAGUUUUUUUAAAACUUAUUUCAAGACAUUUUCAGGUUACAUUUUGGAUGGAAACUGAUAAAACUAAACGUUUUUUUACUGAUUUUUUUAAUGUUCUAAAUGCACAAUCUAAAUUUUUGAGUAAUAAAACUCAAGCCAAAAAGGGUAAAUUUCCCUCCAGAAAUGAAAAUUGACAUGCAAUUGUGAGACCAGAAUCUACUUUUGUCCAAUUUUUUUUAUUUUCAAAAUUUUAUAAAAAUUUGACAAUUUUUCAUCAUCUCAAAGUGUACUGUAGACUCGCGAAAUUCUAUCUAGGGAUGGAAAAAAAAUAAAAAACUUUCAAGUCAUUGGUUGAAUUAUUUUCAAAGACGUCCCUUUUGACAGUUCAAAAUAACAGUUUCGUGAUCGAAAUUCGAGAAAGUCUAAGCAAAAAAAACUUUUUUCAAGGAUAGGGAUUCAUUGUAACAAACUGAAAGUUUUCCAAAAUUCUUAUAAUUCAAAAUUUUCCAGGCUCCUCGGCCUUUGCAACAACUACGGAUACGUGAUCAUGCUCAGCGCCGCCGAGGACAUUUUGGAUGUUCAGCAACAUGGAAAAACGGACAAUUCGAAUACUACAUCUGUUUGUGAAGUUAGUUUCAUGAAAUUUUAAAGUGGGAAAAAAUUUUUUGGAAGUUUCUUUUGAAACAAUUUGGAAUUUGAACUGUAGCUCCAGACAAUUUUUUUGAUAUUCUCUGACUUGAAGCUUCAGAAAAUCGUUGCAAAUAUUUAUUACCGAUGAAAAAAAUCUCGAAAAUUUCGCUUUUGAAAAAAAUAAUUAAUUGACAAUGCCGUCUGUAGCUUUUUUUCCAUUACUUUAUCAUCCAAGAGAAAAAAAGGUGUAUUCUGUUGAAAAUGAAGAAUAAAAUGAAUAAUAUACCUUCCAGAAUAUGUUUUUAAGGCGUUGAUAAAAAAAUAACCGCAAAAAGUUCGCCUUCAAACGCGCUCCAACGCUAAUUUUUUUAUAAAAAAACAUUUUUUUAAACAUUUUAUUUUAAUUUAGAAAAACCAAAUUCAAACCAUCAAAAUCCUCGAAAAUUGUAAAAGAACUGUAAAAAAACUGUAAAAGACUGUAAAAACUGUAAGAGCCAACGUACAUUAAAUAAAUUAGUAACUUUUUAUUUUUCUUUAAACACCCUGAAGAAAUAGCCAUAGUAAAGUAGAGGACAUGCGCUCCACGGCUAAUUUCCGAAAAAUAACUCGUCAUCAUUUCGAAGGCCAAAACUUUCAGAAAGACUUUACAAGCCGAAAAUGUUCGUCAAUAUCCACUGGAGCCGUACUUUUGGCCGACAACUUACCCGGCCUUUUCGUUCAGACCACUUUUCCCUUCUUCAUGCACAGGAUACCUUUUGGGUACAGUUUCUUCUAAUUUCUCUCAUAUCUCAAGGUUGAAAUUCUCAGUUUCCGCUGUAUAGCCGUGUUCCUACUCCAAGGAGCUUCCUACUUCAUCGUAGCCUACUCGAAAAGCAUUGCAAUGUCCUUGGCUGGCGUCUGUUUCGCUUCUCUGGGACAAGGGAUGGGGGAGAUCACGUUCUUGGCCUUGGCUGCUCAUUUCACUCCGUUAGUUUCUUUAUGAAUAUUGAGAAAGAACUGACCAUUUAAAGUUAGAGUCUUGAUGAAAUGGGAAGAAAAAACUCGGAAAUUCGAUAAAAUAUGGUAAUUAGUGGAAACUUGCGCUCCAUGGAUGGAACUCUGUUAUCAAAACUUGUUUAACAAAAAUUUAAAAAGAAGCUACCAAUUACCAAAAAACGGUCACUUUCUGAGUUACAAAAAGUUUGCUUCAAAAAAAUCACUAAAAUCUUAAAAAACAAGCCUGAAGCUUAAAUUACUCGAACAAGUGCGCUCCGCGGAUAAUUCGAAAAAAAACGUUUCUUAAUGUCUUUUCAGUAUAAUGAUAUCUAAAAUUGUGGAAAGCAAAGCUUGAUGGUCAGAUUACUCGAAUAAUCACGAUGCAUGGAAAAAAAAUGCCCAAAAAUCAAUUUUCCCGAAUUUCUGAUUCAAAACGUGAUGAUCAGACUGCGGCUUCAAUAAGAAGGCUUUAAAGAACUGAAAAGUAAUUAAAAUAAUCUUGAAAGCUUAAUUUUCGAGAAUAAAUCGCUCCACGGACAAAAUGGAGUUUUUUCAAGUUUCAAAGCCCUUUUUUGAUCAUUCCGUCUUUUCUCAUUAGAACCAUGAAGAUUAGAUCAUUUUCACAGAGCCACCAUCGCCGCCUGGUCUUCCGGAACCGGUGGAGCCGGCCUGAUUGGCUCAUUCUCCUACGCUUUCCUGACCCAACCCAAUAUGGCGGGUCUUUCCCCAUCUACUGCCCUUCUUAUUCAACUUUUCAUCCCAGUUCUUUUCGCUGUUGCGUGAGUCUACACUUUGGAUUGAAUAAUACAAAAUAAAGCUUCGUUCAGGUAUUUCUUAGUUUUGAAUAUUCCUGACACGGUCUACACACCCUCAUUCAACCCUACGACAUGGAUAGUCCCAGAAAAUCACGAUGAGAAAGUUUUUGUGAGUUUCAAGAUUAAAAUGAAUCGAAAAUUGCGGUUUGAAGUUGAAAAAGAGGUUUCUUUUUUAAGUAUUGAAAUCCCGCCUUACUUCAAUAUUUCCAUAAAAAGGCUUUCAAUCUAACUUAUCACCUAAUAAGCUCAAAUUCAUCUUCUCUUUUCUGCCCAUUAACUCCAAUGAUUUUCGUUCCAGGAGCUCUCUGGAGCCGACUCCGACAGAGUUCCGCAAAGGGAGCUAUCGAUCGCGGAAAGGUGCAGAUUGAUAGUGGUGAGUCCAAUUUUGCGUCAGAACUGGUCAAAAUGACUUUGCUGUUUUGAUAUCGAUGUCCUUUAUGACAGGUAUCUUGCAUUGACCUUUGUAGAUGAGUGAUAAGGAAUCUUUGAAGAUUUCCUUGACAGUGGUGCGAAUGUCCCGCAAAACUUGGCUGAUUGAUGAGGCGAAAGAAAAAAAACUUCCUCCUUGGAAGGAUGAUUUUCUACUUUUUUUUUCUUUUGGAAGAUGGGGAGAACAAAAAAAUUUUAAGAACUUGAGAUUGAGAAACUAAUUAGAUGCAACGGAGGUCAAAAAAGAAGUCAAAUCUAUGGUUUUUUCGAAAUGAAAAAGGCCAAAUUUAUUUGAUGGAGCUCUAACUGAACUAUACUAGUUUAUAUGAGAAGUUAAAAACAUUUUGAUUGAAAAAAAAGUUGAAAAAAAAAAAAUCGAAAUACCUUUUUUCAGGUAGGUAAUCGAGACUAUGUUUAAAAAAAUUUCAUCAUUUUUGAAAAAAAUUUCGAUUUGAAUAUGAAAUAAUUAAAGCUUGCCAAUAAACAUGACCGCCUUGAAAUGACUUCAAACAAAGAGAAAAUGAUUUUUUGAUUGAUAACAUUCAGCUAUUCAAAUAAUCAGUUCUUCUAUAAGUCCAAAUUUUCAGCCCUUACUUCAUCUGAUGAUCCCACUGGCGACCGUCUACAUGGCCGAGUACAUGAUAAACCAAGGAUUGGUUAGUUUUUUUCAUUUUCUUACAGAAAAUUUUUAAAAAUCAGUAUACAACAAUUGUAUAAUACCUCAAAAGAGAGCUAAAAAGCUUAUUUGAAGUUUGUAUCUCAUUAAGCAACAAUUAAUAAUUCGUUUCGAUGAAGAUCAGUUCCAAUAUAUUUAAUAUUAUUUCAAAACGAAUAAUCUUAUCAGAUUUGAUAAUUUCAGACGGAAAUGAUCACUUUCAAGUGCUCCCAAGGCCUGAACCUGCCACUUUCCUCACAAUACCGAUGGUAUCAAGUUCUCUAUCAACUCGGAGUUUUCCUCUCCCGUUCUUCGGUCAAAAUUUUUGAGAUGCCUGUGUGGAUGAUUUGCCUACUACCACUUUUUGCAGGUCAGUUUUCAAAGAGCUUUUUCGAAAAAAAGUCAAAAAAAUGUUCUAUAUUUGGUCUGAAAACUAUAAUCAUUUUUCAGAAAAGAGUCUUCAAAAAAGUUUCUUGGAACGGAAAAAGCAUGAAAUGAUUUUUCUCAAGUAUUAACAAGAAUCUAGUACGCCCAACCUAGCCAUAAAAUGAUAGUGUAGUGGCUAGUGUUCUUGUUUACAAAGUCUAUGACCAAAGUUCGAGUCCUCCUGGUGGAAUUCUCGCUUUGUAAAAAACCUUCGAUGGCAAAAUUAUUGCAACUUGGCUUUUUGUCCUCUUCGAAGGCAGAAUAGAAAUUUUCAGUCUCUCGAAACUCUUGAAAAAGUCAAUUUCACCAAGUUUGAACCUAACAAGUUUCACAUCAAAUCUCAUGGAAAAUUUUGAAAAAAUCCAUAGAAAACAUUGAAAUUUGAAAUCUGUGUCUGAAAUUAUCGAAAAACCCCAACUUUGAGUCAUCAAAAAAGUCUCUAUUUAUUCAAAGAUUCGUUUUUCAGAUCGGCAACUUGGUAUUUUUCUUUUUCGAGGCCGUAUAUUGGUUCGUACCAAGUAUCAUCAUAAUCUUUGGACUAAUCAUCUUCGAAGGCCUACUGGGAGGAGCGGCAUAUGUUAAUACCUACAAUAUGAUACAUAAAAAGGUUCAUUUUAUCAGACUUUUGGCAUUAACUUGAACAGUUUUUGGAAUGGGUUGUUUUUUCUAAGAGAAAAAAAGUUGUUUUUCUUUUGGUGCUCCUGAAGCAUUUUUCCUUUCUCACAUGCUGAAAGAUGAGACAGCGCGGAAAUCGUUUAAGGUCGGGCGCGCUUUGAAAAAAGCGGCUCACAACGCUUUGAACUAUACUACAUGCAACUGGCCUUCAAAAAUAUCCAAAAAUUUCUAUGAUUCUUCCAGGUCGAACCAGACGUCCGAGAAUACUCAUUAUCAGCCGCAUCGAUGGGAAAUUCGAUCGGAACGAACAUUGCAGCUUUUCUUUCCAUUCCACUUCAUAAUUGGGUGUGUGGAAUGAAAAUUCCGCACAGUUAGGCUGUAAUUUAUUGUUGUUCAUUGUUGAAUCAUGUCCAAAUUGUCAUCAGUUCAGUUUUAUAUGUCCUUUUCUUACUUGCUUCAAAACGUGUACAUUUUCACUUUACUGUAUUUUAUCAUUUUUUGGCUUGUUUUAUGUAUGAUUGUAUGAAUGAAUUCUUCAUUUCUUCAAAAGCGAAACGAAAUUUUUAGAAGCACAAAAAUUGAAAAAAGGGCAUCAAUGAAAAUCUGCAUUUUCUGCAUUUUCCGCUGCACUUUCAUUAGGAAAGAUUCAGAAAAGCUCUAUGAAUAUUCUAGAAAAAAAAGUGACUCCUUCACGAGUUUUUUUUUUGAAGUUCCUCAGAUUAAGUUUCACCAGAAAAGAUGCUCAAUCGCCAAAAAUUGGGUAAAACUAAAUGUUCUUUAUUCCCUUGAGAAUCCCCAUGUUACACUUUAAAACACCAAAUCUGCCUUUGGAUCAUCAGAAAAUUUCAAAAAACAAGAUUGUUUGUCAACAAAAAUUUGCGAGAAACCGGUUAAACUAGGGCGUCCGGAGGGUGUUAUUUACUAGAGAAAUGUUGGCACUUUUCUGUUUUCCUAUGAUUCCAUCCACAAGUGUUCAUUUUUCCCCUUUACUUGCCUUUUUCUGAGUGUAAUUUUGAAAAUUAAUUUUUUUUUUCAGAGAUUUACCGUCUAUUGCCAGCACUGAAAUGGAAGAGCCAAUGUGAGUUUUUUUAAUUAAAUUUUUCAAAGUUGUUUUCUUUACCUUUUUGAAAAUGGUCAAAUUUCUAAAUCGUCAUUUUUUUACAGGAAAGUCGUUCAUACUCAGCCAAAUGACGCCACAUUUGUAGCUGGUAAGUUUCAAUUCUCAUCAUUUUUCUAGAAUUUUUUUUCAAGAAAAAGUUAUUUUUUUAAAGAAAUAAUUUCAUCUUUGUAAAUUUUGUACAAUUGAAAUGCGCUUUCGAAUUCCAUCAAAGAAGAAAUAGAUUUUCUCCAACCGAGUCGAGUUUAAAUUCAAUAAAUUAGCUAUGAAAAGCGACUGAAACAAUUUAGAAGCUCAAGAAAUGUUGACCUCUUUUGAAAAAUUCAGGAUUUUUGGGCACCUCCAUGAAGCAAAUAGGUCUUUCAUUUUUGAACUCCUUGUCUUUUUUCAAAACAUGGAUCUACCGAAACUACAUCUUUUUCUCAAAAAGUCUUAUUUUCCAUUUUCAGUCUCUGAUUCGGACGAUGACUGUUGUGGAUGCUGUAUGCUUGGCCCAUGCUGUAUUCCGCUCUGUUUCCCCUGUUCAUUCAUUUCCAGAUGUUUUAGAUCGUUGUGUUGUGAGUUCUCUUUUUCACUAUAGUCUGUUUUUCGCGACUUGAGCGGGACUUCUCUGCGCCCUCCUCGUCUCUCGGCGUCUCUCUCAUGUUUACAUGCUAUUCCUAUGUUUCUCUGGCCUCGCCGGUGAGAGAACAGAGACACGCAGACACGCGAAAAUUUUCAAGUCACGGCGGACGGACUAUGAUAUUCAAUCAGAAAGGCCGAAAAGUUUAUAUAUACAAUUUUCAGGUUGCGAAUAA